AAAAACAAAAGAAGCAGAAGCAGCAUCCUGAGAUUGACAAGGAGAUCCUCUCCUUCUCCCUCUUUCACUUUCUGAAAAUAAAUAAACAAAUUCACCCUAACAAUACAAUUCCAUCUUCACGCACACAUAAAUAAAAACCCUUUUCAACAGAAUUCACCCUCUCUUUCUCAUAUAUAUUUUUUUUUCUAGCUUUUCAUUUCAUUUGUUUUGGAGCUGUAAUUGCUUGAGCUAUAGCUAGAAGAAGCUGAACUUAGACAACUCCUAUCCUAUGCUCGGGGACCCGUCAGUAUCCGGCGAUGUUGCCACCACCACUGCAGCCGCGAGAGAAGAUUCUCAUGAAGCUGCAGCUGCAGCUGCUAAUACAGGUGAAGAAGAUAAGAGUAGAGUUAAUCUUGUAGAUGAAAGUGACCGGAGUUUUGGUGGAAACCGGUGGCCUAGACAAGAGACUGUUGCACUUCUUAAAAUAAGGUCGGAUAUGGACGUCGCCUUUCGAGAUGCUAGUGUUAAAGGACCAUUGUGGGAAGAGGUUUCCAGGAAGCUAGCGGAGCUUGGUUAUAAUCGAAGCGCCAAGAAAUGCAAAGAGAAAUUUGAGAACGUUUUCAAGUAUCACAGGAGAACCAAAGAUGGACGAAGCAGUAAAUCUCAUGGUAAAACUUACAGAUUUUAUGAUCAAUUAGAGGCUUUCGAACAUUAUCAAGCUGCUUCAUUGCCAUCACCGACACCGCCACCACCACAAACACCGAAGUCUCAGCCAGCUGCGGCAGUGGCUGCGGCAUUAUCAGCAUCGAUGCCGGUGGCUCAGAUCAUCACUAUUACUUCUACUGUUCCAUCAACAACAACAACAAGAAGCCUAGCAGCUCCUUCAUUUCCUACCACAAAUUUACCUUCGGCACAAGUAACAAACCCUCCAAAUUAUCCAUCUUUUCAGAAUAUUUCAACCGAUCUACGGUCGAAUUCGACAUCAUCGGCGACUUCUUCCGAUCUGGAAUUCGGGGCAAGAAGGAAAAGAAAACGGAAAUGGAGGGACUUUUUUGAGAGGCUGAUGAAGGAGGUGGUGGACAAGCAAGAAGAAUUGCAGAAGAAAUUCCUGGAAGCGAUAGAGAAACGUGAGCAUGAAAGAAUGGUUAGAGAAGAAGCCUGGAGAAUGCAAGAAAUGACAAGAAUUAAUAGAGAGCGAGAAAUUUUAGCCCAAGAAAGAUCAAUAGUUGCAGCUAAAGAUGCAGCUGUAAUGGCUUUCUUGCAAAAAUUAUCCAAUCAGCAAAACCCCGUUGCUGGGCAAGAACAAAAUAUAAAUAUUACUCCAGUAGUACAAAUAUCUCAGCCUCCAGCACCACCAUCAGCUCCGCCACAGCCAGUAUCAUUGCCACCAGGACCACAAGCACAGACGCAGACAGGACAGGUAUUAAAUUUAGAGAUGUCAAAUGGGGACCAAAUUUCCAUGGCACCAAGCUCUUCAAGAUGGCCACAAGUUGAGGUUCAAGCAUUGAUUAAUCUAAGGACUGAUCUUGAAUCUAAAUAUCAAGAAAACGGACCAAAAGGGCCAUUAUGGGAAGAAAUCUCAGCUCGGAUGAGAAAUUUAGGUUACAAUCGGAGUGCCAAAAGAUGCAAAGAGAAAUGGGAGAAUAUAAACAAAUACUUCAAGAAAGUGAAAGAAAGUAACAAGAGAAGGCCUGAGGACUCCAAAACUUGUCCAUAUUUCAAGCAACUUGAUGCUUUAUAUAAAGAGAAGAACAAAUUUGAUGGCUCCUCGAAUCAAAUCAAGCCCGAAAACGCAGUGCCAUUAAUGGUAAGACCGGAGCAGCAAUGGCCACCUCAACCUGACCAACUUAGAGACCAAGGUUCCGCCAUGGACGACAUUGAGAGUGAUCAAAAUGGGGAAGAGGACGACAAAGAUAUGGGAGAUGAUGAUGAAGAAGAUGAUGUAGGUGGCUUUGAAAUUGUACCAAACAAACAAGUUUCAGCCGUGGAUGCAACUGAGAGUUAAUCCCUUUUGUGAAUCGCGGCCGGGUUGCGGCGGCGCAGUCAUGGCGGUGGUGGUGGUGCAGUUUGGAUUUAAUUAUAGGGAGGGGGCAUGCACAUGGGACUGUAACAUAAAGUCAGUGGGGAUUACAUGUUUAUUAUUAAUUAUUUUUGUAAUUUAUUUAUUUAUUUUUGCUAAAUAAAUAAGUUGAGAGAGAGGGAGCGAUUGAGAGGUUCCAUUCAAUAGAACUAAUAAAAAAGAGACUGGUAUUUUAUUGUAAA